AUGGCGGCCUCCAUGAAACAAAAAAGGAUGGCGGCAACUCUCAAAAUAAAUUUUAUUAUUUUCGCUGUGAUUUUGGCCCCAUUAAUUUUCUCAAAUUUUGUGCAAGGUGCUAAAUUAAAUACGCCGAAAGUUUUGCUCCCUUACUACAGCACAGUCAUUUCCAAUUUCACUCUUGAAGUAGAGUUUUCUCCUGAAGAAGCCGAGGUUCCUACUUGUUAUCAAUGGAGAACAACACGUCCAGAAGUAGCUCAGGUGACCUUGAUAAACAGCACAGAUGGAGAAUGUGCUCUCGCUGCUAAAGUCUCUGCCAUUUCCAAAGCAUCGCAUCAGAUGACCACGGUUGUAUUGGCUGAAAAUAUGGUAACAGGUGAAAUCCUACGCUGUGAUCUGAUAGUGAAUAAGAUAGUUAAACUAGAAAUAGAGACUACAACUAGAGUUUUAUAUCUAGAAGAUUCUCCUGAUGAACUCUUAGCUAAAGGUUUUGACUCAGAAGGAAAUAUAUUUACUAGUUUGGAUGGUUUAGCCUAUGAAUGGAGUUUAGUGUCAGAUACAGAAACAGGGCAUGUUGUUGUGGAUGCUCACAAUAUACUCAGAAUCAAACGUUAUACAGACUCUCACUAUACGACUCCAGCACAUAUUGAACCUCUAGAGGAACGAGGCUUACAGGGUGAUAGAAUACUGGUAGAGGGAAUUAGGACUGGAAGUGCCAAGGUUUCUGCAAGACUUAAAGAUCCAGUCUACAAGCAAUUAAUACCAGAAGACAUUCGUAUAAUGGUGAUAGCCAAUCUAAUGUUGAACCCUGCCGAUGUUUACGUGUUACCAUUCAGUGAAGUUAGAUAUCGCGUAGAAUUACUCAAACACAAUAAAGUUUCAGAAAUCACUAUGCCAUCCAACCAGUAUUAUUUAGAGGUGAAGGAUGGAGAGAUUUGUACUCUCGAGAAAUCAACAUCUAUAGCUACAGCCCAGAAAAUAGGUUCCACUGAGGUCGUCCUUAAAGAUAAAAUAACAGAAUUUCAUCGUCAACCUUCAGCCUUGUUUCAUGUAGUUAACCCAAGCUACAUAGCGUUCGUAGUGUUACCUGGUAAGAAAUGGGUGUUAGAAACUGACAGAGAAUAUGAUAUCUUGAUAGAAGUCUACGAUACAGAUAGUCACAUGAUCUUUCCUUCAGACAAUGUACGUAUAGAAGCUGAAUUCCCGUCUACGUAUUUUAAAGUAUUGUUUUCAAGUAUUAACGGUACUUAUCAUAGAGUUAAAACUUUAGUUAGAGGACGGACAGAAAUAGAUGGGGAACUGACGGCCAUUAUUAAAAAGGAUGGAUCGAGAUAUGAAAUAAAUCCAGAAGUAAAAGGCAGUCAAGAAGUAGAUAUAUAUGAUCCAAUAAUUGUAGUUCCUGCUCGGUUAUAUUUUCCAUGGGAUCCAGUCACACAGGCCAAACAUACCUAUUUACUCAAGGCUAGUGGUGGAAGCGGGGAUUACACCUGGACCUCUACAGACACAGAUGUCACUACCGUCAAUAUCAAGGGACAGAUAACUACCACUGGUAUGGGAAGAGCUAACGUCACUGCUGCAGACGCCAAAAAUAACGCUCAUACUGGUAGCUCGAUUGUGCAUGUUUUACCGCCCAAUGAAAUGAUGUUUUUAUCAACGCCAGUAGAAGCUACAGUAGGAAGUGUUUUACAAUUGCCUCUAGCUAUCAAUGCUAUAUAUAAUGGUAAUAUUUCUAUUUUUACAUUGGACAGAGGUAAGAAAGUAGCCUUUACAGAUUGUCACUUGUUAAAUCUAAACAUUAGUUUUAGUGAUGUUACAGUCUUCACUCAAGUUGAAGGUUUCAGUAAGCAUGAUACUGGAUGUAUGUGUCUAAAGGUCAUGGCCGUUCAUCAAGGUCAUACAGAGGUCACGGCUAGCUAUCAACGAAAUAAAGUUCUGUUAACAACGACUAUCACCAUUGCUGCUUUUAAUCCUCUGCAACCUGUAGACCCUGAAGUAGAAACAGUAGUGACUGUAGCCUCGUCUAAAGAUGUUGUAUUUAAAGGUGGACCUCAGCCAUGGAUCCUUGACUCUUCUCAAUACUUUCAAGAUUUAUCAGCUGAGAGGAGAUCUUUAUUGGACAUGAAGAAGAAGAAAAUGACUGGAAUGAACAGAGGCCUGCAUGUUUUUACUGUGUUGUGUAUAGAACUUGGUGAACAGGAAUUGACGUUGAAAGUUGGAAAUCAUAAAACAGCUAAAAAUCAGUUUCCUAUAACACAAACUGCUAGCAUCAGGUAUAUUUGCACCCGACCUGUUGAACUUUAUCUACAACCCAUCUUGAACUUUGACCCCAGAUUGCCGCCAUGUCCUGUAACCAGGGAAACACAAUUACCAAUGCCAGUUCACUGUAAGAAGGAUGUCAAUAUACAGGCAAUAGUGACAGAUAGUUCUGGACGAAAGUUUGAUAACUUUUCUUCGUUGGCGAUAGAAUGGAAGUUAUCAGACAAUCAGCUGGCUGAAUUAGAAGAUACAACAGAUCUCACUGUAGAUAUUACUACAGAUAAUGAUGGCAAGAAACUUGUUAAAGCAUUUCAGACAGUGCAUCCGUUUGGAGUGGAAGGCAGUGUUGUUGUCACGGCAACAAUAGUUAGCUAUAAAUCAUCUUAUUUUAAAAUAGCUUGUUCUUCAUUAUCAGAAGUGGUUCAUCCAACUAUCAGUAAAUCUUUAGAAUUGUUACUCAGACAGGAAGCUGUUAUAGAACCUAGUAGAAUCUCUGUUUUUAAUCAUCCUUCUAACAAGGUGACAAUAGAAGUACAGAAAGGAUCAGGAUAUUUUCAUCUUGAUGAUGUAGAAACAGAUACAAUGUCUAUUAAAUAUGAUGCCAAACAAAAAGCUGUCCUGGUGAACCCUAUUAAAGAUGGUAGUAAGAGUAUAACAGUCUAUGAUCUAUGUCUAGAAGUUACAGAUCACCCGUCAGCUACUGUACAUGUUUCUGGUGUUGGUGGAGUAGAUGUUAUUAUUCUAGACAAGGUUGAAGUUGGUAAAGAACUGAAAGCGAAAGUACAAGUAUUAGAUAUCCAUGGUAACCCACUACUCUCUAGUUUUUUCUCUUUGAUGAAUCUAAAAUUAGAAGGAGGAAGUGACAUCAUUACUGUCAGACCAGCAGCCAAUCAGCCAAGUGAUAAAAUAACAGCUUUCUAUACAGUUCAUGGUUCAUACGUUGGUCAUACGAAUGUCAGAGCCUCAGUUAAACUUCCUAAUGGUCAAGUUAUUUAUAGCUCGCCUAAACCACUAGAGGUUUUUCCACCUCUCAGACUGGAUCCUAAAAACAUCACCUUGAUCGUUGGUGCCAAGUUUCAGGUGCUAGCUCACGGAGGUCCCCAACCUCAGAGUAAUGUAGAAUUUAGUAUAAAAGAUAGUAAGAUAUCUACAGUAAGUGGUGGAGGGAUGUUAGAAGCCUUAGAGAUUGGUAGUACUAGAGUUGUAGGUAAAGCUGUAGGUACUGACUCGUUAUCGGGAGAAACUGUCAUAUACUCUCAGGAUGAAGCUAUAGUAAAUGUUAUCAUCUUAACUGGUAUUAGAAUACAUGCUCCUUUAACACGACUACAAACUGGUACUAAGAUGCCUGUGUAUGCUGUAGGUAUAACUGAACAAGAAACACCAUUUACAUUCGGUAGUGCUGUUAUACCAUUAACGUUUACCUGGACUUACAACAGUCGAGAACCAAUUGUUUUACAUUCAGUGUACUAUCAGAGCGGUGUAAAACUAUCAGAUGAAAGUAAAUUUGCCAUGCAGUUGACGGCCGUAGAAGCUGGUCAUGUGACAUUAAAGUUACAAGUCACGCCCAAAAAAGGAAGUCGUCUGCAGAUUAAAAACAUGGCUGAUUUGAAAGAUGAAGUACAAAUUCAGGUAUUUGAGAAGCUAGCUGUGAUUAGUCCUAUGGUUUGUGGAGGACAAGUUUUAAUGACACCCAAUACAGAAACUAUCGUUAAAACUAACAGAGAUUCAGCAGCUAAAUUAACAUAUAAACUAUUGACUGACCAAUCAACAGAUCUGAUACAAGUUAAAGAUGGUGGACAGUUAAAAUCAGGACCUGGGAUAGGUCAAGCCAUGUUAGAAAUCAUUUCUGAAGAGGAAUUCGGAGUAAAUCAGACCAUUGUACUACUAGUUAAGAUUAAACCAAUUUCCUAUUUAAUGAUAAACGCAGAGACCAAAUUAGCCACGCUGGGUGGUCAUGUGACCAGCAUACCAGUUGGUACUAGUCUACAGUUUAAAGUUAGUUACCAUGACGAUGUUGGAGAGAAAUUCUAUGCCACAAAUACACAGUUGAAAUUCAGAUGUAGCAGAUAUAAUUUGCUACAUGUAUCAAAAGGUUGGGAUAACAACACAUUGGUUGUAAAAACAGCAGAAGUGGGACAAACCAUCUUAAAGGCAUGGGAUAAUAAGAAUCCAUGGAUAGCUGAUUAUGUAAAUAUACCAGUAGAUAAUGUUAUCUAUCCACAACAAACUACAGUUUCUCUUACUUCUAUAAUAUGUUUCUCUACAACACUUGUUACUGAAAGAGGAUACAGUGGUAAAUGGUCAAGUGAGAGUAAUAAUAUAGAUGUUGAUGAUAGUAAUGGUAUUAGUCUAACUACUAGUAUCGGCAAGUCUACUGUAGUUUACACUGUCUCUCCUGAUAUUCUUACUUAUACUGAGAUUGAAGUCGUACCAGUAAAGAAUAUAGAUUUAAGUUGUAACUAUGAUUCAUUGACUAAUGGAAUUGGUAAAUCUCGAGGAAUCAACGUUGGCAUCUCUACAGGAUCUUCUCCAACUCUUCAAGGUGAUAAUUGCAGUGCUAUAGUAGCCAGUGAAUAUUACCAACCAACCACUAUACCAUUCUACUGUAACCUACAACUCGUUAACCAUCAAACAGAUAUCACCAUCGCUGACUUGUUUAAAGCCACGCCCACUUUCGAUCAUAUUAAAGGACAGUACGCAUGUAGAAUAGAACAAGUUCGCAACGAGUACUUGAUACAUCAGAUCAGUACUCUGAACACCAAAAUAAGUCUAGAGGUCACGCUCACUCCACAGGAGGAUCAACCUGAAAUAUUCUCUGACAAGAUGAUCUUUGAUUUCCAUCCUGCUUUCUAUGUUCAUAAUUCUGAUAUACAAGUAACAACCACGUCACCUUUAUCAUCCUUACGUGUUUCAACUCUCCCAAAUCUGGUAGAACAUAUUAAGAUUAGCGUGAGUGAUAAUUCGUUAAUAGAAGCUCUGUCCCCCCAGAGAGACAGUCAGUCUGGAGCCGUGGUGUUGUUCCCGAUACGUUUACUCGACACCUACAGUAUCUGGGAACGUGAAUCAUUAGAUCUUUAUGUAGAGUUAUCUAGUUUAUUAACAGGACAGAAAGUUAAGAUACCUGUAUUUGUUAAGUUGAUUGGUAACAAACCCAGCGCUUCAGGAUACAGUGGUGGGUAUACAAGAGAUGUAGGAUGGGGAAUGCUGGUUAGAAACAUUCUAUUUAACUAUCAAUCUUGGUUUGUUCUGUUUUUCAUCAUACUGAUAACAGCUAUAGCAGUAUUAGCAGGUUAUCAUUUUGUGCUGGGAUCCAGGUAUAAAAACGUGGGAAAUUCCAGUGUAUUUUUAAAUCAGAGUGGUACACAGCUACCACCUAGUCCACAGUCAUCCUUCCUUCAACCUCAGGGCACUCCACCCCCCUAUAGUGGGUACAACUCGACCCCCAUGUCACCUCGUCUGUGGUCGGUGAAUUACAAUCAGCCUGACCCUAACGUAUCAUCAUUACGUCGCUCACCCUACUCCUAUACUAAAUCAUGA